AUAUUUGGGUACCAGAUGAUUGUUAUAUCUUUCCUGGUAGUGGUAAGAGAAAUUUAAAAUUUCAACGGUGUUGGUUUAAACGAUGGAAUUGGUUGGCAUAUUCUGAAAAAGAUGAUGGAGCGUACUGUAAAUAUUGUGUUUUGUUUGCUGGAGAGGGUGGAGGUGUUGGAAAACAAACUUUUGGUAAUUUGGUAAAGAAACCAUUUAAAAACUGGAAAGAUGGUAUUGAAGUAUUUAAUAAUAAUACAAAUUGUGAAUAUCAUAAAACUUGCAUUCUAAAAGGAACAUGUGCCAAACAAAUUUUAAAAAAAAAAGUUGAACCUAUAGAUAUUCAAAUAGAUUCGGGAAUAAAACGUAAAAUAAUUGAAAAUAGAAAAAAUCUUAUUCCUAUCAUUGAAACAAUCAUUUUUUGUGGUAGACAAAAUCUUUCUUUAAGAGGUCAUAGAGAUAGUGGACCCUUGAAUUUAACAGAGCCUAAUGAAAAUGAUGGAAAUUUUCGUUCAUUGUUGAGAUUUCGUGCUAAUAGUGGUGAUGUAUCAUUAAAAACGCACUUAGAAACCUGUUCUAAAAAUGCUUCCUAUACAAGUCCAAUGAUUGCUAAUGAAAUAAUUUCAACGUGUGGGGACAUUAUUUUAAAAAAAAUAGUUAAUAAAAUUAAUGAAGCAAAAUGUUUUUCGAUAUUAGCAGAUGAAACAUCUGAUAUUUCUGGUAUCGAACAAUUUUCUUUGUGUGCGAGGUAUUUUUAUACGGCGCAACCCAUUUGCGCCCGAACCCAUUUAUCGUAG